AUGCAUGAUGAUUCAAGAGUUAGUUAUAAUCGUAGUGGUGGACAGUUUGUAUCUACCUUUCGUUGUCAAAUUUUCUCGUCGAUCAAUAUUGAAAAGCUUCAAGUUGAUCUUCAAUCACAACAUCAACAUGAAAAAGAUGCUCUAACUGAAUUGAAUCAACGUUUUCGUGCAUUUAUUGAUCGUGUUCAACAACUAGAAUUACAGAAUUCAAGAUACCUAACUGAAAUUGAAAAUUUACAACGAAAUUUAUCUGGUUUGGGUAGUAUUGAUUCAUCAUGGGAUGAACGUUAUCACUCACAAAAUUCUAAUUUAUCGAUAUUGUGCCAUGAAAAAAUUGAUUUCGACUUGGAUUUUGAAUUGUAUCAAUUACAGAAUAUAAUAUAUGAACUAUUAAUCGAAACUGGGCAAGAGAAAAGUGAUAGAAGAAUUUCAUCAUUAGAAGAAGAAUUGAAACAAUCAUCAUCUCAACUGAAUAGUCUACGUACAUCUUGUAGAGAAUUAGAACAUGAAAUUGAACGUGUACAUGCUGAACGUGAAAGUUUAUUAAAACAAUAUUUUUCAUUGACACAUGAUUGGUGCAAUAUAAUUAGACAACGAAAACAUUGGAAUGUAACUUUGGAUUCAUUGAAAAGUGAAAUAGCCUUCUAUAAGAAAAUACGUUCAUAUUCAGGACGAGAAUUUGAUUCGUCGUCAAUUAAAAGGGAUGUUGAUAUACAAUUUUGGAGAUCAGAAUUGGACAGAAUUGUCAAGGCAAUACGUAGUGAUUUCGAAAUAUAUUAUGGAGAAAUUAAUCGUAAAAUGCAGGCAUGUUUUGAAAAGAAAAUGGCCGAAAUACAAAAAUGUCUUGACGAACCACCACCGAGUCCAACAAUUGUCAUCGAUACAUUUUCAAUAUUUCAAGAGAAAUGGCAAAUCGAAUAUGAUGAACUGAAUAAGAGUUUAUCUUAUGAAAAAGAUCUCUCGAUUAAGCUUCAAGCUAAAUAUGAUCAAUUGACAGUAGAAUUAAGAUUACUUCAACAAGAUAAAGAACCAUCGAAUGAAUUAGAAAUUUUAAAGGAAGAUAUUUUGUCAAUAAUCUAUGAUAUUAAUCAAAUUGAAUGCAGUAAAAAUACGUUAGAAGCUGAAAUUAUUGUUUAUCGACAUUUAUUGAGUGGUAAUGAAAUAAAAAUAAUAGAAUCACGAGAACAACGAGAACUUGUUCGUCGUUGUCCACCAGCUGGAAGUGAAUCGAUGUCAAAAAUUAUUGUAAAAAAAAAUCGACAAGGAUGUAUUGGCAUUGAAGAAUGUGCUCUUAAUGGUGCAUACAUUACUUUGACAAGCAAUUUGACCACUGAUGCUAUUGAUAUAUCGAGAUGGACGAUCGAACAACAUCUUGAUUCAGGAAAAAAACUUCAAUAUACAAUACCCGAUGGAGUUCAAAUUGAACGAAGCGGAGAAUUAAAAAUCUAUUCAAAAAUAGGUAAUAUUCUUGCUGACUCAUCAUCAGGACAAAAAGUGCUUAAUAAUGAUCUUGUUCAAUGGGGUACUGGUAACACGAUUGAAACACGUCUAUUCGAUCAAAAUGGUGAUCAGGAAGCAUCAUAUUCUAAGUCGGUUUCAUUUUAA